AUGACAUCUCACCACCGCCUCUGGACCUUCACGGCGCGCGGCCCACCCUCGUCCGUCCUCGCAUUCACGUCCGGCCCAGCGCCAACCCUGCCGCCCCGUCUCCCGCUGCCGCGCGACUCGCCCACCCCCGAAGAAUGGAUCCUCAUCAAAGUGGCCUUUGCCGGGCUCAACGUCGGCGCCAUCUUCCAAAUGACGCUGAUCCCGGCCUUUUUGCGCGCCGCCACCUGCACGCCCGAGAUGGACCUCAGCGGCACCGUGACCGACACAUGGCACCCCGACGGCGGCGGCUCCCGCUUCGCCAGGGGCGACAAGGUCGUGGCCAUGGUGCCGGCCUCGCACGCCCUGACCACGGGCACCGGCGCGCUGGCUGAGUACGUCGCCAUCCCGGCCAAGUACGCCGUCCGCAAGCCCGACAAUGUGAGCUUCGCCGACGCCGCGGGCUGCCUGCUGGCGGGCAUGACGGCGGCGCAACUGGUCGCCGACGCCGCCCUCAAGCCGGGCCGCAGCGUGCUCGUCGUCGCCGCGAGCGGCGGCAUCGGAACCAUGGUGGUGCAGAUGGCGCGCAACGCCGUCGGCGCCGGGGGCCGCGUCGUCGGCGUCUGCAGCGGCGCCAACGAAGACGUGGUGCGAGGCCUGGGCGCCGACGACGUGGUCGAUUACACGCAGCACGCCGACCUGGCCGCCCACCUCGAGGCCGCCUUCGCCUCGGCGCCCUUUGACGCCGUAGUCGACACGCUCGGCUUCCAGGCGCUGUAUGCCCGCUCGCCGUCGUACCUCGUCCCGGGGGGCGUCUACUGCUCCGUGGGCAUCAAGCCGCCGUCCUUUGGGGUGCCCGACUUUCUGCGCGCCGUCGUGCAGAUGAAGCUCAACGAGUGGUGGCCCGUGACCAGGUGGCUCGGCGGCGUGGGCCGGCCACGGAAGGGCGUGUCCAUGAUGUCGCCUACGCGGGAGGACCGCGAGGGCAUCGUGGGCAUGCUGGCCAGGGGCGAGCUCAGGGUGGUGAGGGACAGUGUGUGGGCGUUUGCGGACGCCGACAAGGCCUAUGAGAAGCUGGGCGGGCGGCAUGCGACAGGCAAGAUCUUGGUUCGGGUCGAUGGUGGUGUUGGCGAUGAUGAGUGUUAG